AUGGGCCCCUGUACCGCCUCCUCAUGCUGCUGCCAGGCCCGUAAUCUGCCAUGGGCCCCCGUACCGACUCCUCAUGCUGCUGCCAGGCCCGUAAUCUGUCAUGGGCCCCCGUACCGCCUCCUCAUGCUGCUGCCAGGUCCAGAGUGUGUCAUGGGUCCCUGUACGGCCUCCCAUUGCUGCUGUCUCCAUCGCCACACUCUGCCAUGUGCCACUUUCAGGUCUCCUCACACUGCUGGUGGGUUCCAUUUUGUCAUAGGGUGCUGUAUGGCCUCCCAUUGCUGCUGCCUCCACCGCCACACUGUGGCUCCACACUCUGGUUUUGGCCCCGUGACUGCCCAAAUGAGUGAAGUGUGCGGUGAUUCUAAGAUCGACGGCACUCAUCUGCAUGUCAUACUGACUGACAGUAUUAUUUCUCUUCCCCAGCAGACUCCAAGGGCAUUUAAAUUAAAGGUACAGUGUUCUGCACUAAUAUAA